ACAGUCCCUGAGAUCACAAAGAGUCAGACGCGGCUGAGCGACUAACACUUGCGCUGUUUUCACUGUUCACAUCCUGUUAGUACUUACCGUGGGUAUGACCGUCAGCCCCUCAGUUAUGCUGGGGGUCAUCUACCCAUCCUUCUUUCUCCUCGUGGAAAAACGCGAUGACAGCUGGUUACGCAGAGCCAGAGCAAGUCUAGUCUGAGUGGCCUCGAACGACUUGGGGAGUCUAGUGCUGUGUCGGUAUUUGUUGCCCCCUGUCUGCUCCAGCUCUGUGCCCAGCAGCUGAUAAACGUUGCCUCUGAGCAAGGCCUGUAGAGGCCGGCUGCCUGGCUCUUGCUGACGAGCCGUGAGGUUUGGGGAAGGCUGUAAGACGCGUCUGAAGCUCGCUUUCAGGCAGGAGCCACUGUCAUCUCACAGGACGGUUUGAGGUUCAAGUGCAAACGCAUAUAAAGCGCGCAGUUCAGCGCCCCUACCAGCACACAGCAAGUGUUCGGGAGCGUUGCCAGCAACUAAUUGCAUCACAGAGUUUUUCUUUCUUAUUAGUUGUUUUUUUUAAUCGUUUAGAUUUUCAGUGUACGUAUUCAAAGCUAAUACAUUUGUCAGAGAUGGUUCAUCCUUAGCCUUUGAACUCAAGGUUUCUUUAGCUCUAACUUGUGGAGUGAACUCAGGUAUCAGCCCCGUGAACACCUUGCCUCCAGUACUGCAGCCAAGGGAUUGACACCUGGAGCCCUCCUCUGAAAGCUGGUUUUAAUGUUUGCGUGAUGGGUCCUGGAGCUCCAUUUGUUUCUUUGGUUUCUUCCUGGACACUCCUCUGCGCAAUGGAAGAGUUAAUAGUUGAACUUCGUCUCUUUCUUGAACUCCUGGACCACGAGUAUCUCACCUCAACUGUCAGGGAGAAAAAGGCAGUCAUCACAGACAUCCUGCUGAGGAUACAGUCGUCCAGAGGUUUUGAAGUGAAGGAUCAUGCCACAAAGCCGGAGACCCCUAGCAGCCUGCCGGCCCCUCCCCAGAUGCCUUUGCCCGAGAUCCCACAGCCGUGGCUGCCACCCGACAAUGGGCCGCCACCGCUCCCAACGUCCUCUCUCCCGGAAGGCUACUACGAGGAGGCCGUGCCCCUGAGUCCCGGGAAAGCUCCGGAGUACAUCACCUCAAAUUAUGACUCGGAUGCGAUGAGUAGCUCUUACGAAUCCUACGAUGAGGAGGAGGAGGAUGGGAAGGGGAAGAAGACGCGGCACCAGUGGCCUUCGGAGGAAGCCUCCAUGGACCUGGUGAAGGACGCCAAGAUCUGUGCCUUCCUGCUGCGGAAGAAGCGCUUCGGGCAGUGGACCAAGCUACUCUGCGUCAUCAAAGACACCAAACUACUGUGCUACAAAAGUUCCAAGGACCAGCAACCUCAGAUGGAACUGCCGCUGCAAGGUUGCAACAUUACCUAUAUCCCGAAAGACAGCAAAAAGAAGAAGCACGAACUGAAAAUCACCCAGCAGGGCACAGACCCGCUUGUCCUCGCCGUCCAGAGCAAGGAGCAGGCUGAGCAGUGGCUGAAGGUGGUCAGAGAGAUCUACAGCGGCUGCAGCGGGCCCGCCGAGCCGGAGUGCCCUCCCCCGCCGAGCUCCCCGGUGCACAAGGUGGAGCUGGAGAAGAAACUGUCUUCAGAGAGACCGAGUUCAGAUGGUGAGGGUGUUGCAGAAAAUGGAAUUGCUAUGUGUAAUGGAAAAGAACAAGUUAAGAGGAAAAAAAGUUCCAAAUCAGAGGCCAAGGGAACUGUGUCUAAAGUCACUGGGAAAAAAAUCACCAAGAUCAUCGGUUUGGGAAAGAAAAAGCCAUCGACGGACGAGCAGACCUCCUCGGCAGAGGAAGACGUGCCGACGUGUGGCUACCUGAACGUGCUUUCCAACAGCCGCUGGCGGGAGCGCUGGUGCCGAGUCAAGGACAACAAGCUCAUCCUGCACAAGGACAGGGCCGACCUGAAGACGCACAUCGCCUCCAUCCCGCUGCGUGGCUGCGAGGUCAUCCCAGGCCUGGACUCCAAGCACCCGCUGACCUUCCGGCUGCUUCGCAAUGGCCAGGAGGUGGCCGUGUUGGAGGCAUCUUCUUCUGAAGACAUGGGCAGAUGGAUUGGGAUUCUGCUGGCUGAGACGGGGUCCUCGACAGACCCCGGGGCCCUGCACUAUGACUACAUAGACGUGGAGAUGUCCGCGAACGUCAUUCAGACGGCCAAGCAGACCUUCUGCUUCAUGAACCGGCGUGUUCUGUCCACUAACCCCUACGUGGGGAGCACCUCCAACGGCUACGCGCACCCCAGCGGGACGGCGCUUCACUACGAUGACGUGCCCUGCAUCAGCGGCUCGUGGGGCCCCGACGACGACGUUUCCGCGCCCCGCGGCCGAGGCCUGGGAGAAGAGGCGCUCUAUGAUAACGCCGUCCUGUACGAUAACUUGCCGUCUCCGAAAAUCUUUGCUCGCUACCCUCCCGCUGACAGGAAGGCUGCUAGGCCGUCUCCUGACAGGCUGUCCUGUAACCACUACAAACACCCCGCCUCCUCCGGCCUGCCCUCCUCCCCGUCUGUCACUAACACCUCUUCUGUGGGGAGGGCGUCUCUCGGGCUCAGCUCACAGUCGAAGGGUAAGAAGCCCCCCGUGGCCUCCAAUGGCGUCAUGGGCAAAGGCAAGGCUCCGAGCGGGCAACAGAAAAAGGCUGACUCGGCGGCUGGCGUGAAGCGGACACCUUCGAAUGCCGACCAGUACAAAUAUGGCAAGAACCGGGUGGAAGCAGAUGCCAAGCGGCUACAGGCCAAAGAGGAGGAGCUGCUGAAGAGGCGGGAGGGCCUGCGAGACAGGCUGGCCCAGCUGCGCAAGGAGAGGAAGGGGCUGAGGGCGGCCAUCGAAGUGAACACCGGCAGGAAGACCCAGGUGGUCCUGGAAGAGAAGCUGAAGAAGCUGGAGGAGGAGUGUAAGCAGAAGGAGACGGAGCGUGUCAACCUGGAGCUGGAGCUGACGGAGGUCAAGGAGAGCCUCAAGAAGGCGCUGGCCGGCGGCAUCACCCUGGGGCUGGCCAUCGAGCCCCGCUCAGGGACGUCCAGCCCACAGUCUCCGGUUUUCAGGCAUCGGACUCUGGAGAACUCGCCCAUGUCCAGCUGUGAGACCAGCGACGCAGAGGGCCCGCUGCCUGUGAACAGUGCGGCCGUCCUGAAGAAGAGCCGGCCGGCCCCCGGCAACUCGCCCUGCCGGGGCCACGUGCUGCGGAAGGCCAAGGAAUGGGAGCUGAAGAACGGGACAUAGAGCCGGAGGAUGCCCGGUUCUCGCAGCGUUGAGUGGCCGCCCUGCGACUGCGCUCCGGUGCCAGGACCCGGGCCCACCGCGCAUAUCCUCUCUACUGUAUAAUGGUUCCCUGUAAAGAGAUUUACUUGUAACUCUUUGGCUUCCAACUUCAUUUGUGAAAAGACGGCAAGGGAUGGAAGGUGGGGAGCCUCCCCCUCCGGCAGAUGAAGAAGCCACAGCUUCCAGCCCAGGUAGACGGCGGCUUCCACCCGUCCCCGCCCCUCCAGACCGAAGACCCGCAGGGACCUCGACGCAGACACGCUCUGCACACUGGGCGCAGCGUGGGCCUCCGGCUGCCUGCGGCUCGGCCAGGCACCCUGGGGACACCCCACCCACCCCCCCAUUGCCCCCUGAGUCUCACAAGCGCCUCCCCCACACCUGGUAAAGUCACCACCGAGCUAUGCUGUGAAGCAGUUUCUAUCUGUUUUUACGAACAUUUUACGAACAGAUGAUUUUGUCACCAGGACACUCUCCUUUAGGCCUUAAGGAAACGUCCUCUCUGUGUCCUGGGUUGCACCUAGCGCCCAGGGCUUGCCAGAGCUUCUGGGCCAUGUUUUGUUAAUGGUCUGUCCCGCUUUGCAAGGGUGGCAGAGGGUCUUGGGGCUUCACGUUGUGUGUGUCCUUUCCUGCUUUUUCCAGCAUCCACGCCCCAUCGACCCCCUCAGAGCCGGCGUGUGGUCUCAGAGCCCUGGGCGGCCUCAGGCUGACAGUCACACUCGUUCCCCAGGGGCCUGGCUUCCAGGCAGGGCCUCUUGCAGCAUCCCUGUCUGCCUCCUGUGGGAUGCUUCUGGAGCCUGAGACGUGAUGGGGACAGGCCCGUCCACAGGUGGAGGUCAUCUGGGUCUGAGGACCAGGCCAGCCCUCCCAUCUGCAGACGGACCUCUCAGGAAUACUCCUUGUGGGAAGCGUGGCCACUGCCCAGGACAGCCUUAGUCACCCUGGAGCCCCCUGCACGCUGACCGAAGGACCAGUCACAUGCGUGCACGGGCUCUCUGCCCCCCGCCGCCGGAGCGGGCCUGGCGUCCGCUGCCCCACGGGUGUUUGUCGUCAGAUACAGGAGCGGUAAGCGAGCAGGCAGCGUCCUGUGACCACGUCCUGGUGCUCACUUUUUCUGCAGGCCACACGGUCAAGGUUGCUGUCGCCAGCAGGGUCAGAGUGGCCCCCGAGGCUGGCACGGGCCCUGGCUGGCUUUACCGACCAGAGCAGGGCAAUGGUCUUGGUGCCUAGGAAUUUCGCAGCAGAACCGGAAGCUGUUUACCUGGACCAUGUGAAGUCACUCAGUCGUGUUUGACUCUUUGCGAUCUCAUGGACUGUAACCUACCAGGCUCCUCUAUCCAUGGGAUUUUAUAGGCAAGAGUACUGGAGUGGGUUGUCAUUACCUUCUCCAGGGGAUCUUCCCGACCCAGGGAUCGAACCCAGGUCUCUCGCCUUGCAGGCAGACUCUUCACCAUCCGAGCCAUCAGGGAAGCCUGUUUCCCCGGAGUCCACCUGAAAAGCCUGGAUUUCUCGCAAAGCCGGCUGUCUGGUCUGCAAGCUGCGGCCUGGCGCCCAACGCUCAGGUUCAUCCUUCGUAGUUGAUACAGCAGGUGGGGCGCGUCUCACCCGCACCUGUGACCCCGCCCCCGGAAAGCCAGGUGGGAAGCGAGGAGCCCAUCUCCCCAGUGCUGCCCCCCACCCCCCGCUCUCCCGUCCACGCAGGAGGCGGGACCACAUGGCAUCAUAUGAAGCUGAGCUUCCAUAAACUGUGAGCUGCUGUAGAUUCUCACUGCCUUGCGGUCAAAUGAACGUUCUCCGUCGUGGCUCUCCGGCUCCUCUGAUUGGUAGCCAACUUUGUCCAAGACGGUGGUCAGACUUCAACUGUUACUGAGAAGGGAAAAGGUGAUCUUAUCCUGGUGCAGGUGGGCAGAGUCAACCAGCAGUGGGCCGGCUGGCAGCGGUCACUGCGACCAUCUCUGUGGGUCGCACCUGAGGACAGCGGUUGAUACCAGAGGCAGGAUUUGGGCCCUGGUCUUUAGACUCCCGGUUAUGUAUUUCCUGCCUAAAAAACCCACGUUUUUAAAUUCACUUUCACAACCAUAAGCCUUUUAAAGAGAACGGAGGAUUCAACCCUGUCUUGUUCCCCGAAGCCACGUAAAACGGGCCCCGUGGGGGUCAAGGCUGCCGGCGUCGGGCUGUGUGAUGUCGUGUGUGUCCCUCGACAUCUUAGAUUCGAUCAGAAAGUUAAGGCAUUUGCUUCAAAAUAAGUUAUUUAUUUGUAUAUGUUCAGUAAGUAUAGGUUUUAAUUUAUAUCUGUACAUAUUAGACACACCGUGGACAUCCUGUCAGAAUCCUGGCAGCGACAGCUAUCUCUGUAGCCCACCCGAAACGUGCCCCCUCGCCCCGGGGGAGACCAGGAGGCAGUGGUGACCGAGCCAGCCUCGGGGGACAGGCAGCCGGCCUGGACCCUUGCUCUGGGGUGCAGGCCCCCAUCCCCUGGGAGAAGCGGAUCCUUGGGCCAUGUCCCCAUCCCUCCAACAGACAGUCAUGGUCACAGAGUGCUUGCCAAAUAGGAUCCUGACCGAAAUGAGAUGAACGUGGUGGCCGGACCAGAGCCCUGGUGUGAGACGGUCCCCUCCCUGGGGUCUCGAGGUCCUUCCCUUAGGGUGGGGCGACCAUCAGCCUCUCAGGCUUCUGUUCCUGGCUGUGUUUUGGCAAGGGUUCAUCAACCUUGAAAAUCCUUUCAUUUUCACGUUUUUAUGAAGUGAAGUGAAAGUCGCUCAGUCGUGUCCGCCUGUUUGCGACCCCAUGGACUAUACAGUCCAUGGGAUUCUCCAGGCCAGAAUACUGGAGUCGGGUAGCCUCUCCCUUUUCCAGGGGAUCUUCUCAACCCAGGGAUGGAACCCAGGUCUCCUGCAUCGCAGGCGGAUUCUUUACCAGCUGAGCCACCAGGGAAGCCCAAGGAUACUGGGGUGGGCAGCCUAUACUACAUUUCUAUAGAGUUUUCAUUCACUCACCAACCUCUUGCACAGACAUAGAGGGCACGCCACGUCACCCUCGACGUGGGCUCAGGAGGUGGAGAGGGCCGCUCCUCCCAGGCACCGAGGGUCGAGCAGGGCCAGUCUGUGGGUCUGAGGAGCCAGCGGUGGCCCUGCCUCCCGACAGCCGUCUGCGGGAGCCUGGCGGGCGGGGCACCCGCACACGCAUCUCCCCAGGCCCUCCUCCCGGGGACCGUGGAGAACCAGUCAUGGCCCCUCGGUUCGCACACCUUGGCUUUGUCCAGCUGGACCGUCCCCUUGUCCAUCUCCCCGGUCCCUGAGCUAGUUUGGGGUGUUUUCGUGAAAACCCAGAUGACUCUGAUGGGCUGGAGACAUGCCAACUCGAAAAAAUCUGUCACAGAAAGUUAAAGGCGUGUGUCCUGGCCCUGGAGGCCGGCCCCCCAGUGAGGGGUUUCAGGCUCCUGUUCACUGAGACAGACUGCUGGGCUUGUGUUUCCCAGGGGAGGGCGCAGGGCCGAAGCUGGGCUGGGCCCGAGGGUUGUGGGCAGAAUGCUGUUGUCUGUGGCCCCAGCCUUUCUUUCCCGAAGAGUAUGUGUCAGCACCCUGUUUGGAAGGAAAUGUAAAGUUUGCCCACGGGCAGCCUUCUCUGAUUAUUCACCAGCAUCUGUCCUGGGACUGGAGCCUUUGCAGCCUGGCCCAGGGACAGGCACUCGGGCAGGGCCUCCCCAACAUGUCUGUACCCCAGCCCGGCCGCUCCGCCCAGCGACAGCUCCUCCAGGAGCCAGCAGGACGCCCGGGCGCCUCCACCUCCGCUCAGCAACACUUCAGUAUUAAACUCUUGCCUUUCUCUCCUCCCCCCCCCCCCAAAUUAAGGUUUUUUAAUGCAAAAAUAGUAAUUUCAGACCAUGGCCCAGUUUUAAAGAGGGUAUUUUGUUGUUCUUGUUGUCCUUACUGUCUUCUUUUUAUCCCCACGAUGGACUGGGUUGAUACUGUGAAAUAAACUAGAAAUAAAUUAACAUUUUCAUGCCCCCACCCACACACACACAUACACAUACUACACACAGCUCAGCAUCCCAAAAAAAGAAGCAGCCUCCUGGUGGGCCCCAAGCUGGAGCAGGACUGCCUGUCCUGUGUCCUUGGUGAAGACGAGAGAGCUCAUGCGCAGGGAAUGUUGGCCUCACGUGCACCCCAUCUUUUGUGAAAUAAUCCAGUUAUGUCCUUCCAGAUAAACCCAGCUUGACAGCAGACAAGCAUCACCAGGUAUUUCUAUUCAUUGCCAUGGAAGAAACUUUCCAGAUAGAAUCAUCAGAUCAUAUUUCUUAGGGACCAGAGGUGUUUUUAAUAAGAUAAUCUUUGAUUUUCUUUUUUUCUAAAAAGAAAGGAAACACUAACUUUAAACUUUAACAUCAACUUUUAAAUUAUGCGUGUUCAGCGUUAAUUGACCAUGGCUGUGAGUUGUAAGAUGUUUUCAUAUUAAGAAUGUAAUUAUUUCCUUAUUGUAUUUUUUAAAAGCUAAAGUCAUAUUUAAAAUUCUCUUUGAAACAGGCAAGAAACGGGAAAGGUUUUUUUUAAUUAAAUAUGUUGGCAAUGUCCAUUUUAAAUAACUGUAAAUAUAUUUUCACUGUUUCACCAUGUAUUUAAUUCAUAAAGUAAAAAAAAAAAUUUAUCAGAAGAGACUCACAUUGGAAAUACUCAUUUUCAGUCCAUUUGCCCGAUUUUGUAAUAGCUUCACUUGACUUUUCUGCUUUGCUAUGGAUUUUCUACAGUUUUACACGGUGUAGCCCGCAGACUGGCGCCCUCGGGCGUGCCAUCUUUGUGUAUGCUAAUAAACUCGACUCUCCCAAUCCA